UUUCUCUCCUCUGACCUUUAUUGUGCUCUUUACUGCAGAGACCUUCCUCAGUACGGACACAAGCAGUGGCAGUCCUACUUUGGACGUACUUUUGAUGUCUACACUAAGCUGUGGAAAUUUCAGCAGCAGCACAGGCAGGUUCUGGACAGCCGGUAUGGUUUGAAGAGAUGGCAGAUUGGGGAGGUUGCAUCCAAAAUUGGACAGCUUUACUACCACUACUACCUUCGUACCUCAGAAACAAGCUACCUGAAUGAGGCCUUUUCGUUCUACUCAGCCAUCCGUCAGCGCUCCUACUACUUUCAGGUCAACAAAGAGGACAGGCCUGAAUUAGUAGUGAAGAAGCUUCGAUAUUACGCUCGCUACAUAGUCGUCUGUUUACUGCUGAACAAGAUGGACCUUGUCAAAGUUUUGGUGAAGGAGUUAUCUGAGGAAAUUGAAGACUACACACAGAGAUUCAACACAGAGGACCAACUGGAAUGGAAUCUGGUUCUGCAGGAGGUGGCAGCUUUUGUAGAGGCGGAUCCGGUGGUGGUUCUGAAUGACAACAACUCUGUCGUUGUCACCAGCAAUCGGCUGCAGGAGGGAAGCGUGCCUCCGCUGGAACAAGGCAUGGUGGUUGGGCAGCUCGUCCUUGCAGAUGCACUAAUCAUCGGCAACUGUAACAACCAGGUGAAGUUCAGCGAGUUAACCAUCGAUAUGUUCCGCAUGCUGCAAGCUUUAGAAAGGGAACCUGUAAACCUGGCCACACAGACCUCAAAACAAGGCACACUGGAACCCAAUGAGAAGCCAGCUAAAAGAGAAAACCCUCACAAGUAUUUGCUGUACAAGCCAACGUUCAGCCAGCUUUUUACUUUCUUGUCAGCUUCUUUUAAGGAAUUGCCUGCCAACAGCGUUCUGCUUGUCUACCUGUCAGCUACUGGAGUUUUCCCUACUGGGCAUUCAGAUUAUGAAGGACCGUAUGAUUUUGGAGGAGUUCUCACAAAUACAAAUCGAGAUGUGGUGAACGGAGAGACGGUGCAGAAGAGGAAUCAGGCCCAGAAAGAAAUGCACUGCCUUCAUCCAGGAGACUUAUUCCCUUUCACCCGGAAGCCACUUUUUGUUAUUGUGGAUUCUUCAAACAGCACAGCCUACAAGAAUUUCACAAAUCUGUUUGGCCAGCCUCUGGUGUGCCUACUAUCACCUACAGUAUAUCCCAAGAGUGUACAAGAUCAGUCUCAGCGUGGGAGUCUCUUCACUCUGUUCCUCUACAGCCCUCUCCUGGCUUUCUCCUCGGUGUGCGGCUUAAGCAGCGUGCGACGAGGACUGUGGGAGAGGGCUCAAGAAUUUCUUCGUAAAGUCUACCGUGACAUUGGGCAGAUGAUAACUCGAUCACGGACCAUAGACCAAGCCUUUUUACAAUUCUUCGGUGACGAGUUCCUCCGGCUGCUGCUCAUCCGCUUCGUGUUCUGCUCCGCUGCACUGAGGCUGCAUAAACUGUUCCGGGAGUCCCGGAGCUUCCCGGAAUCGUACCCCGAGCUCCCCAAACAGGACACGGUGGAAAGCAGCCUUCUACAGAAGCAUAUUUUGGAGCUGGCGACCAUGCUGGACGUGCAGAGCCUAUUUUGGGACGAUUCACUGGAAGCCUACUAACAUCCUCACACAGGGCAAAAUGGCAUACGUGUACAUACAGACUCAACUACCAGAGCCCUCACAGCUGUCUUUCUGUGUUUUUUACAGGUAAUGAAAUAACUGAUUCAGCACAUAGUUUGUGUCCUGCAUUUAAUUGUUACUUGUGGAAGCAAAUGUUACUGCAACAUUUAAAUGUUCACAUAGAUAAAGCCAGAGAGUUUAACACAGUGUAAAAUCCCCAUUUUGAGUCUCAGUUCGUAAAUAUAAGCAUCAUUUAAGAAGAGUAAACCAACAAGUGAGAGGUUGCAAAUCACUUUUCAACCUCACCGUUCACCCAUCCAGAUGUAAGGUUAAAAAGUGCAGCCUCUAACUUUAUUCCUCAUGUCAGAUAAUUGUAAAGAAGUUGGCAGUCUUGGUUUUUUAAAUAAUUAUCAUUGUUUGUUAGAGUAAAGGUUGUGUACGCCUAAAGGAUAGAGAAUGGAAAAAUACUGGGCACCUUCCAGGUGUGACUUUAUCUAUCUGUAUGAAGGCAAAGCAGGGUGGUGCUGAGAGUGAACACAGUGCUAAACAAAGCCAUUAAAGCUGCAAUAGCUAAUAAAAAAAUAAAAAAAUACUUUUUGUCAUAUUUUUAAUGAAACUUUCACUAUAUCCUGACAGUAGAACAUGAGACA